AUGUCUCAAAAACGUAGUUUCGAAGAUACACAUAGUGUUAAGAAAUUAUGCAAUCGCGUAUCAGUUUUAUCAAAUGAACACGGCGAAAAUAAAGAAUUUUCCACUCGAAAACGUUGUUCCAGCGUUUCUUAUGAACAAUGUUCAUCAUAUAAAAAAAUGAAACUACAAGAAAUUGAAGACGAAGUCAUUGUGAAAAGAGAAGAAAAUACCAAACAAUUAACGCCAACAAAAAAUGUUGAAGAAAAUAUCGCGCACACAUCUGAUAAACCACGAUUAUUACCUGCAUUACUAUUGAAUGGCAAUUUAUCAUCAGUAAUCAAAAUAGAUGAACAAAAAUACAAUAUAUACAACACAUGUGCGUUUGAUUCCAUUGCCAUAAUUAUAUCAAGGGCUUUUGUCGACAACAGUGCGUACACAGAUUUCGUUGAUGCAAAUUCAAACUCAGAAUUUUUGAAUUUCUGCAAGUCAGUAGCAUUUAUAGACAGUUCAGAAAACUUAAACAAACAACGAGUGAAAAUGUUGAGGAGAAUAUUUAAUGAAAAUAGCGAAGCACCCAAUUUAAAAACUAUUAAUUGCGAAUGCAAUGUAAUAAAGAUAAUAUGCGAUUUAUUAAAAGAGUAUCCGUCGGCAAAAAACCACAUACGGUGUUCAAACAACAGUUGUAAAAAUGCGAAUACCUGGAGAAAUAGUAGCACUAUCAUAUUGGACGUAAAGGAACUCAAGGACUUAAAGAAUUUGGAAGGGAUUUUAAAAGAAUAUACUAAACUAAGAAAGUACAAUUGUGGUCGAUGCACCGAAAAAAUUACAGCCAAGAGAGCACUGAGUAAUCAUCUAUUCAUCGAAACAGAUCAACUCAAAAAAACCAGUCAAUUUACAAUGGCUGACAUUCCAUCGGAAAUAAGCGUUGAGAAUUAUAGGUACUUAUAUCUUUAUAAUUACAAUACAUGUAUGUAAAUUAAAUUCAUUGAUAUUAUAUUUUUCGAUUCAGAUUUGUACUCAACGGAUCAGUGAAUUUUGAGAGUGGACACUAUACCAGUCAAGUACUCCGUUUAAAGCAAAACGUAUGGGAAACACAUAAUGAUUUGAGGAAGUACAUCAAAAUAUGUACUGUUCCCGAAAAAUUAAUUGUCAAUCCACAUUUAGUGGUUUAUACUAAAGAAUAA